CGUGCGCCCGCUGCUCGGUCGCCCAUGUGUUCGUGGUGAGAGGAAGAAGAUGGGGAAGGUGAGGAAGACUCGGAAGAACACGUUUAAUUACAGUGUGAAUAGGAAGAAGCUGAAGCACAAAGCUAGGAAGAAAGCAGCGCCGAGGAUCGCAUGUGAUGAGAUCAGAAAUGCCUGGAAUCACUCAAAAUCUGUGGCUGGAAACAUGGCUGAGAUGGGCCUGGCUGCAGACCCCAACAAAGCUCUGCCGAUACGUCCACGCACAGUGAUUGGUGAACAGAGCAGAGUUCGAAAGCCCUAUGUAUUAGAAGAACUGAAAGCUGCUGCCAGCCUGCCAUCGAAAAGAACUAUGGGCAUCUCUAACGACAUGAUUUUGUAUGUUCGGCACAUGGUGGAAAACUAUGGUGAAGAUCACAAGGCAAUGGCUCGAGAUGAGCAGAAUUACUACCAGGAUACACCCAAACAGAUUCUACGUAAAAUCAAACUGUACAAGCACCAUCACCCUCAGGAGUACGAGGCUCUGCUUGCAUCAAGAACAAAACAGUGACACAA